AACCCUAACUCUCUUCACUCUUUCCCUCUUCAGUCUUCAGAGCACGCAGCAGCCUCCCUCCCACACCCUCAGUCCGACAGUCCAUCACCCUCACUCCCACACCCUCACGCCGCCGUCCCACACUCCCUCACGCCUCCGUCCCUCAGUCCGAACCUCACAAGCCUCCGUCCCUCAGUCCGACGACUCCGACCCUCAGUCCAACGACUCCGUCCCUCAGUUCGCGUCUCUGGUACCGAUCCGAAGAUUCCGAACGUCGUCGCCUGCUUCAUCACCUGUUCUCCAUCACGUCGUCGCCUGCUUCUGAAGAUUCCGAAAGCCUAAAACGGAGAUGGAAGAGACAAACAUAAACACAAACAAAUCUGAUUCUUCCUCGCCAAGUGGCUCUCCUUUAAGAACCGGACGUGGUCCCUUGCAAACUGUGCGGUCUCCUUCGCCAUUUUCACGAUCACCCUCACCAUUGUCACCUGGCAGCUCACCUUCAGGAUCACCAUCACCUUUAUGUCCAUUAAACAACGAGAGUCCGAAAUCCCCGAUGGUGGACUUAGAGGUAGAGGAACAAGAAGGGAGUCGAGGAAGUCCAGGGACAGAGGAAGAGAGAGAGCAAGAGCCUACAAAUGAGGACUCGGAUACAAGUAAAAAAAGAAAGACCACUUCAGAUGUUUGGGCUCAUUUUACAAGGAAGAAAGUUGAAGGAAAAGUUAAAGCCCAAUGCCAUCAUUGUGGCAAACUUUACUUGGGUGAUUCAAGCUAAGGUACAACCCAUUUGCGUAAUCAUCUAGCAAGAUGUCCACGGAUGAAGUUUAAAGAUAUAAGACAACAAGUCUUAAUUAAACAACAAAAUAAGGUGGAUGGAACUAUGAGUUUAAGUAAUUAUCAAUUUGAUCAAGCUAGAGUUAGGAAUAAGCUUGCUCGAAUGGUCAUUUUACAUGAAUAUCCCCUUUCAAUGGUUGAUCACAUUGGGUUUAGAGAAUUUGUGACGGAUCUUCAACCGAUGUUUAAAAUUGUCACAAGAAAUACUUUGAAGAGUGACAUUUUUAAAAUCUAUGAUAAUGAGAGGGAGAAAGCUUUGAAGAUCACGGACAAGAAUGGAAGUAGGAUGGCAAUUACAACUGACAUGUGGACUUCAAGUAACAAAAAGAGAGGGUUUAUGGUCAUUACCGCUCAUUUCAUUGAUCAUGCUUGGACGUUGCAAAGUCGGGUUUUAAGGUUUGUUUAUGUUCCUUCUCCACACACGAAAGAUGUUCUUGCCGAUGUGCUUGUUGAUUGCUUUUUAGAGUGGAAUAUUGAUAGGAAGUUGUCCACAAUAACCGUAGAUAAUUGUAGUACUAAUGAUGCCAUGAUAAGACUUCUCUUGAAUAAGCUUGAUACUAGUUCUCUUAUGUUGGGUGGGUCUAUGUUGCAUAUGAGAUGUGCUGUACAUAUUUUAAAUUUGAUUGUUCAAGAUGGAUUGUCUCUUAUUGGUGAUGGUAUUGAAAGGAUUCGUGAUAGUGUGAUUUAUUGGACUGGAUCACCAAAGAGGAGACAAAAAUUUGAAGAAAAUGCGAGUCAAUUGCGUAUUCAAUGCACCAAAGAGUUAGUUUUAGAUUGUAAAACUCGUUGGAAUUCAACUUGCUUAAUGCUUUCUACUGCAUUGAUUUAUAAAGAUGUUUUCUCGCGUUUGGCUAAACAUGAAACAUCUUAUACUUGUUUGUCAUAUGAUCAUGAUUGGGAGGUAGCCAAAGAUAUUUGUGGGAGGUUGGAGUUGUUUUCUAGUGUGACUGAGUUUUUCUCUGGUCGUAAGUACCCCACAACUAAUAUGUAUUUUUCUAUGGUGUGUGAGUUGAAAAUUGCAUUGAAUGAAUGGAGUUUGUCUCCAAGUGAGAUGAUAAGUACGAUGGCCGAAAGCAUGCUUACUAAAUUUAAUUCUUAUUGGGCUAAUGUUAGUGUUGUUAUGGCUAUUUCUGUUAUCUUAGAUCCAAGAUAUAAGAUGAAAUUAUUGGAGUUUUAUUAUCCUAGCAUAUAUGGUGUUAAUUCUGAUUUGGAGAUUGAAAAAAUUAAGAAUCUUUGUUAUGAUUUGCUUGAUGAGUAUGGAGAUGUAGAUGAGUGUCUUGUAGAUAAUGAAGGAAGUUCUCAUAUGCCUGCAAGUACUUCAAAUCAAGGGGCACAAAUAAAAUUUAGGUUGAUUGGGUCAAUGUCAAGGUUUGAUGGGUUUGUGAACAAUAGUUCAAGUAGUUCAAAGAAACAUGAGAGUGGUAGAAUGGAAUUUGAUCAUUUCAUUGAUGAGGGAGUGUUGAAGAGGAGUGAAGACUUCAAUAUUUUGGCAUGGUGGAAAAAUAAUGGUCUCAAGUAUCCUACUUUACAAAGGAUUGCAAGAGAUGUUUUAGCCAUUCCCGUCACAACUGUUGCUUCAGAAGCUGCUUUUAGCACUAGUGGGAGACUUUUAAGUCCACACCGCAGUAGACUACAUCCCAAGACUAUAGAGGCAAUGAUGUGUGCUCAGAAUUGGUUAUGGAGUAAAAUCAACGGUUCUUCAAUUAUACCAGGAGAUAGUACAUUUCAAUCCAUUCUUAAUGAUGGGGAGCCAAAUGAAGAUGAUGGGAGUUGUGCCACAAUUGAUGGGAGUUGCAUCACAAUUGAUGAAGAUUAAAUAUUUUGUAUUAAUUUAGUAGUUUUUUUAAUUUCUUGGACUUGUUGUCUUAAUUUGUUGGUAUGUAAUUAUUCUAAACUUGUGGCCUUGUGGGAUUUAUUUUGUAGCUUUUUAAUUUCUUGGACUCGUUGAACUUUUGAUACUUAUUUCUUAAACUUGUUGGAUUUAUUUUAUUUUUA